AUGACAAAGUUAGAAAAAGGGGUGAGAGCAUUUGAUGUACCAGAAGCCAUACAAGGAAAACCAUUCUCAAGAGGUGGCUUCAGUAUUAUUAUGACAGAGUUAGCAAUAGGGAUGAGAGUAUUUGAUGUAUCAGAAGUCUUACAAGGAAAACUAUUAACUCAAAAGGACGAAGUUAGAAAAGGGGUGAGUGCAUUUGAUGCACUAGAAGCCAUACAAGGAAAACUAUUCAAUCAAGAGGUGGCUUCGGUAUCAUUAUGA